GGUAAAAGAGAGGGAGAGAGCAGCCGCAGACCAGAGCCGGGAGGAAGGAGCUCGACACCACCGCCAUCUUCCUGUGCCGCCGCCGCGGGGAUCGCCGGAACCAGUACUCAACACCGCUGCCGCUGUCUCGUCUUCUCCGUUUAUCUAAUUUGUCUAAUUCGUCAAUAAAUCGAGGUAACAGGAACGAUGAAUAAUGAGACGAUCUUGGAGGCAGCGGGGGUGAAGAGAUGGAUGGAUGCUAGCUGGAGGAGUUUAUUAUUUAAUAUAAUGAGCGAAUCGUCAAAUAACCAAAACGAGACCCAGAACAUGGAACAAAACGUGGAGGCUCAACAGGACCCGAUUAUGCCUGUGUUCCUGAUGCAAUUUCUGCAGCAAAUGGCGAACGCGCCAAUUUUCCAGCCACCGCCUCCCAGGCAAGUCACGUUGAAAAUGCUAAAGGACAAUGGUGCUGAAGAGUUCCAUGGGGAUAGGAUCUCUGAUCCCGAGAUUGCACUAGACUGGAUUGAACAGACAGAAAGAGUGUUGAAGAAUCUGAGUGUUCCAGACGCGAGACGUCCUGAGCUUGCUUUCCAGCUCCUUCCUAAGGGAGCAUACGAGUGGUGGAAGCGCGCAGACGAGAAAGCGCCUAAGCCUUGGACAUGGGAGCAUUUUGAUUGGGCGUUUAAGAAGGAGUACAUACCAGCUCGCUUCAGAGAGGAGAAACGCACGGAGUUCAUAGAGCUAAAGCAAGGAGACAUGACUCUCCCCGAGCUUCGACAAAAGUUCGAUCACCUAGCUCAGUUCGCGACUACGCUGGUAUCCACGCCGGCAGACCGUAUUGAAGAAUUUCGCAAGAGGCUGCGUCCCGACAUUCGGCCAUACGUGUCCAUCCUGACUACUACAGACUUUUCUCAAGCAUAUGAUUUGAUGGCCAAAGCUGAGAAAGACGUGGACGACUACAAAGCCAGUCUGAAAGCAGAAGAAGCAGGACCGAGUACCCGCCCCAUCGCGAGUGCCGCACAAUUUGCAAAAAGGCCCGCAGGUGAAGUUAGCAAUUCCUCUCAAGCAAAGAAAGGUAAGACAGUGGUAACCCAAACAGCGCCAGCCCAAUCAGUGGCGUCUAGUGGAAAGUCAAAGACGUCUAGGUUCCCGCCUUGUGCUACCUGUGGGAGGACACAUCCCGGUGAGUGUUGGUACGAUCUAGGAUUAUGUUUGGGAUGUGGGCAGGCAGGUCAGUUCCAAAGGAACUGUCCCACUAACCCAAGCAAUGCCCUAGUGCAAGCACCAACUCGCAGUCAAACAACCGCACCGCAAUCGACACAAAGUCAACGUACGACUGCAAGAACCAAUCAACAGAGGAACCAGAAUCAGCAACCAGGAAGAGCUCCAGCACGCACCUAUGCGAUGAUAGAUUAUGCAAACCCACAGAAUAACAACACUCAUGAUGGUAACAGGAACGAUGAAUAAUGAGACGAUCUUGGAGGCAGCGGGGGUGAAGAGAUGGAUGGAUGCUAGCUGGAGGAGUUUAUUAUUUAAUAUUUAAGUUUGAAUUAUUAUGUUCUUUAGGGCAAGAACCCAAAGUUGUAUUUCGAUUAAGUACUUAAAGGCUUCCGCAACGUUUUGAUUUACUCUGAUGAAUAUUUAAAUAUUGUUUUGAAUUAAAUGUUUUAAAUUGUU